AUGUCAACCACCUCCCCGCACACCACCUACAUGCAGAAAUGCAUCUCCCUCGCCGAACAGUCCCCUCCCCGACCGACAAACUUCCGCGUGGGCGCAAUCCUCCUCUCUCGAAAAGAUGGUGAUUCCACCUACUCAGACGACCGCGUUCUUUCUACAGGCUAUACCAUGGAAUUAGCCGGAAACACCCACGCCGAGCAGUGCUGCUUUGCGAACUAUGCCUCUGUCAACAAAGUUGCAGAGGAGCAAUCGGGCCGAAAGCUCAUCAUGUACGUCAGCAUGGAACCAUGUGGGAAGAGACUAUCUGGGAAUGCGCCGUGCGUGCAGCGCAUUACCAGGACCCGGGACGGUGGCCGGGAGGGAAUUCACAAGGUUUAUUUCGGUGUGAAGGAGCCUACGACUUUUGUUGGAGAGUCUGAGGGGUGUAAGAUGCUUUCGGCUGCGGGGAUUGAAUGGGAGCAUGUCCCUGGUUUGGAGAAGGAGAUCUUAUCGGUUGCUGUGGCUGGGCAUGAGAAUCCGGAGGAGGAGGUCAAGUCUGCUUUGGGGAAGAUGGGGACAAAUGUUGAUGAUAUUAGUGAAGAGGAGAGACAGAGACAGGCGCAAAUACCUCGUAACCCGAAGAAGAGGAUGAUGGAGAAUGAGACCAUCCUUUAUUAA